AUGCCGAAAUACGCCAAAUUCCUCAAGGAGCUUCUAACCAAUACAAGGAAGAUGGAAGAAGUGAAGGAAGUGGUUCUUAAUGAGAAUUGCUCAGCUACCAUGUUGAACAAAUUACCAAAGAAGAAGGGUGACCCAGGAAGCUUAACAUUUCCUUGCCAAUUUGGGAAUUUGGCCACCAUUCAUGCUUUGGCCGAUUCGGGAGCAAGUGAAAAUCUCAUGCCAUAUUCAUUUUUCAAGAAGUUAGAUCUCCCGGAGCCGUGGCCAAUUCGAAUGGCAAUCCAAUUAGCAAAUAAAACGGUUAGAUUCCCAAGAGGAAUAUGUGAAGAUAUAUUGGUGAAGGUUGAUAUGUUCGAAUUCCCCGCGGACUUUAUAAUUUUAGACAUGGAAGCGGAUCCUCAAGUCCCGAUCAUCCUUGGAAGACCUUUCUUAACACCGCAAGCGCUAUAG